UACGGAUGGGGAUAUUGGGGGAGGGGAGCCAGGGCGACAGGGCGGCGGCCCCAGACUGGGAGGGCGGGUCACAGAUCCCUCCCAGCCCCCCACUUUCGUAGAGCGUGGGCAGAAGGAACCUCUGGGUCCCGCGGAUCAGAAAAACUCCGAAGGCCAGGUUGUGAGUCCCGGGAAGGGAGGUGGAGGGUGGGGGCGGGGAGGGGGGAGGGGCGGGGCUUGCUCUGGCCCCGCCCCUACACUCGGGUGAUGGUCGGGCUCCCCCUGGCGGUCCCCGGCCCCGCUCCUCUCCUCGUGGGCCCCUCUCCCGCGGUCCUAGACCCCUGCCUAGCCCAGGUCGGUCUCCGCGGACCCACGGACGGACGGACAGACGGGAGGACGGCCAGCCACGAGCGCCCGGGCGGCGGGAGGGGGCGGGGAGGCGACGGCGGUGGCGUGAGGAGCAGGAGCAGGUGCAGCGGCGGCGGCGGGCGGGGCCGGGACCCGGCGCGGAGCGGGGGCCGCGGCGCGGGCGGGCGGCGGGGACCGGGAGGCCGCGACUCGGAGUCAGCCCCGCCGGGUCGCGCGCGGGGCCGGGGAGCCGGAGUUGAGCCGGGUGGGGUGGUGACUCCGGAGAACGCAGGAUCCCAAGGAGACAGAGAGGACGAGAGCUGGAGGGGGAUCCGGAGAGCGGCGGGGGCGCUCCGGGAGGGGUGGAGUAGGACAUAGGGGGCGCACCUGGAGGGCAGACGG